CGAUGGUGCCAGAGCCGGGCCCGGCGCACAACAGCACCCCGGCCUGGGGGUCGGGGCCGUCGCCGGGCGCCGGGGGCAGCGGCUGGGUGGCGGCCGCGCUGUGCGUGGUCAUCGUCCUGACCGCCGCGGCCAACGCGCUGCUCAUCGGCCUCAUCGGCUCGCAGCCCGCGCUGCGCAACACGUCCAACUGCUUCCUGGUGUCGCUCUUCGCGUCCGACCUGCUGGUGGGGCUGGUGGUGAUGCCGCCAGCCAUGCUGAACGCGCUGUACGGGCGCUGGGUGCUGGCGCGGGGCCUGUGCCGGCUCUGGGCCGCCUUCGACGUGAUGUGCUGCAGCGCCUCCAUCCUCAACCUCUGCCUCAUCUCGCUGGACCGCUACCUGCUCAUCCUGUCGCCGCUGCGCUACAAGCUGCGCAUGACACCCGCGCGCGCCCUGGCGCUGGUGCUGGGCGCCUGGUCGCUGGCCGCGCUCGCCUCCUUCCUGCCGCUGCUGCUGGGCUGGCACGAGCUGGGCCGCGCGCGGGCGCCCGCCCCGGGCCAAUGCCGCCUGCUGGCCAGCCUGCCCUUCGUGCUCGUGGCGUCGGGCCUCACCUUCUUCCUGCCCUCGGGCGCCAUCUGCUUCACUUACUGCCGGAUCCUGCUGGCGGCCCGCAGGCAGGCCCUGCAGGUGGCCUCCCUCGCCACGGGCGCGGCCACAGGCAUGACCGGCCAGGCCUCGGAGCCGUCACAGGCGCCCAGGACCCCACGCCCAGGGAUGGAGUCAGCUGACAGCAGGCGUCUGGCCACCAAGCACAGCAGGAAGGCCUUGAAGGCCAGCCUGACCCUGGGCAUCCUGCUGGGCAUGUUCUUUGUCACCUGGCUGCCCUUCUUUGUGGCCAACAUAGCCCAGGCUGUGUGCGACUGCGUCUCGCCAGGCCUCUUCGAUGUCCUCACGUGGCUGGGCUACUGCAACAGCACCAUGAACCCCAUCAUCUACCCCCUCUUCAUGCGGGACUUCAAGCGGGCCCUGGGCAAGCUGCUGCCCUGCCCCCACUGGCCCCAGGAGCCCCGGGCCAGCGCGGCCUCCCCCUCCAUGCGGACCUCCCACAGCGGCGCCAGGCCGGGCCUGAGCCUGCAGCAUGUGCUGCCUCUGCCCCUGCCCCCGGACUCCGACUCCGACCCUGACUCAGGCUCAGGGGGCUCCUCGGGCCUGCAGCUCCCGGCCCAGCUGCUGCUGCCGGGAGAGGCCACCCGGGACACCCUGCCGCCAGCCAGGACUUCGGCCACCGUCAACUUCUUCAACAGGGAUCCCGCGGAGCCCCAGCUGCGGCUGCAUCUGCUUGGUGCCCCCACGAACUGAGGGGGCUUGUGGUUGGGGUGUCAGGGGGGAGCUGGGCUGGGGGAAACCAAGCCCCCAGGCCUGGGGCCAGCUCCCGGCUGAGGCCAGGAGGCUGCAGGUCUCUCGGGAGCCCUCUGAACUCUGGUGGUGGGCACAGAGUCAGCCCCACUACCCACACCAGGCCUCCCCCUGUGGGGUAAUCGCUGGCUUCAUGCAGUGUCUCCAGGAUGCUGCUCUGCUGGGUGUAACUUGGGUAGAGAAUGGUUGGAGGGCUCUGGGAGUGGGGGAGGGGGCCCUUGGCUCAGAUUAGGACAAAGAUUGUGGCCAUUGCACAUUCUAUCAGAUCACACAUUUGCAGAGACGGGUCAGUGCAGGCUGAGCCCUUUGCUCCUCUGACUGUAGUUCGUGGGCAUGGUCUCUGGGGAGUUUGCUGAAAAUGCACACCUCUGCCCCCCACUCCGGACCUGCCGAGGCAUAAUCUACAUGUGAGCGAGGUCCCCGGGGACUCGGGUGUGCGCAUGGUUUGAGGUGUGCUGGUUAGCUGACCUUUAACCCUGAGGAUGGUUUGCUAGACAGUUUUUGGACCAGGAGCCCCUCGGAGGUGUGUGGCCUCCCAGGGACCCCCUGUGCCUGGGAGCCAGGCCGGCCUCAACUGGAAUCCCUGCCCAUUACUGACUAGCUCUGCACGGGCGACUUAACCUCUCUGAGCCUGUUGUGGGAUGUGUAACCUGGGGCAGUGAUGCCUGCCUCGUAGACUGUCAUGAGAACUGGGACAAUAGCAUCGGACGCCAGCACCCGGCAGAUAGUGGUGGGACCUGAGGUUAAACCUCUCGGCCAUUCAGCCCCCUGGCCUCUGGCUGCGGGCCAGGAAGGGCCAUUUGUUCCCAUUGUUUCCCUCGUCUUCCUCCUCUUCCUCAGCCCCUCCCAGCUCCCAGGCUACGGCACUGCCUCUCCCGGGGCACAGGGGUGGCUGGUGGUUUUUGCCCAACAUCUGGGAUGGGUGUCCUCUGCCCUGGGCUUCGUUGGACCUAGAAGGGGACCUGCUGAUACAGAACCAGCCCCUUGUCCUCCCUCCCUCCCUGGGUCAGUGGGGGAAGAGGGAGUGGUGGCCACUCAGGUCAGCAGAUUGAAGAGGAGCUGUGCCUGGUGUGGGCUGGUGCCUCGAGCAGGCAGGUGACCUCCGGCACAGGGACCUGGGUUUUUUGUUUGUUUUGUUGUUGAGGGAGUGCUCAGUGACUUUGCCUGCUAUAGGUUCCUUUUCAGUCUGAGGUUUUUCCCGAGAGCGCGUCCGUGUCCGUGCAGCAUCCACGUACCCUGCUGCCAUUUUUAAUCUUCAGUCUGAGGUUUUUCUUACUCCCCACCUGCACCAGGUUCCAUCAGCCCACAGUCCUAGGGGGCUUUCCGCAGGUGGCCGGGCACUCUCCUUGGUGCUGAUUAGACUCCGGCUUUGGCUGCUGGCCACGGGCUGCAGAGGGUCCAUGGUGCUUGUUGGGGCUUCCCCUCUGCCCCAGGCCUGCUCGAGUGGACGAUCAAUAAACACUAGCUGACCGCA